AUGGCCAGCUGCUCAGUUCGCUUUGAGUUUUACUGCGGCGAGACUCAAGAGCUUAGAUACACCCACGACCUUCCCCGCAGUCUUGUCAGCGAGGCUCAGACUGCAGGGCAAAACGCCGGCUAUAACAAUCUGUUUAUGACUGCAGUGCAGCCUUUCAUGAAUGAGCAUGAGGCGGCGUGUCGUGCCGCUUCAAAACCAUUUUGCGAAAACUGUGGGUUAUUUGCAAUGAGCAUCUUACAAAGCCCCAUGUCUUGGCUUCACGUGGCGGAGGAUCCCUUCGUUGGCAUCUGGGUCAGUCCCGUUUGCGGGAAAGGGGGAUGUGAGACGCGGAUACGGCAGGAAAUCCAGGAUACAAUGGGUGAAAUUGUUCAAGAGGAUCCGGACCGAAGGCGCAGUACUUGCAUGGAAAUUUUGCCGUGCAAAACGAUAUCCGUUCGAUAUUGGAUUGUUCCCGUGUUGAGAUGGAGGGUGACGUAA